UUUAGGCUUGCCCUCACUGCCGCACGGUGCAGUAGUGUACACAGACAAGAUGGCAGCUUCUGUGGAAGACGAAUUUGAAGAUGCUCCUGACGUGGAGCCGUUAGAACCAACUCUGAAGAACAUCAUCGAGCAGAAAUCCCUCAAGUGGAUAUUUGUGGGAGGGAAAGGAGGUGUCGGUAAAACGACUUGUAGCUGUAGUUUGGCUGUCCAGCUGGCUGCUGUGAGGGAGAGUGUCCUGAUCAUCUCCACAGAUCCUGCCCAUAACAUCUCUGAUGCUUUCGACCAGAAGUUUUCAAAGGUGCCGACCAAGGUCAUGGGCUAUGAAAACCUCUUUGCGAUGGAGAUUGACCCUAGCCUGGGUGUAGCAGAGCUGCCUGAUGAGUUUUUCGAAGAGGACAACAUGCUCAGCAUGGGCAAGAAGAUGAUGCAGGAAGCCAUGAGUGCCUUCCCUGGCAUCGAUGAGGCCAUGAGCUACGCAGAGGUCAUGAGGUUAGUGAAAGGAAUGAACUUCUCAGUGGUGGUCUUUGACACUGCCCCCACUGGCCACACACUGAGGCUGCUUAACUUCCCCACCAUCGUGGAGCGUGGGCUGGGUCGUCUCAUGCAGAUCAAGAACCAGAUCAGUCCUUUCAUCUCACAGAUGUGUAACAUGCUCGGUCUGGGUGACAUGAACGCAGACCAGCUUGCCUCGAAGCUUGAAGAGACGCUGCCGGUCAUCCGCUCAGUCAGUGAGCAGUUCAAAGACCCUGAACAGACCACCUUCAUCUGUGUUUGUAUCGCUGAGUUCCUCUCCCUGUACGAGACGGAGAGGCUCAUCCAGGAGUUGGCCAAGUGCCGCAUCGACACGCACAACAUCAUCGUCAACCAACUUGUUUUCCCUGAGACAGAGAGGCCGUGUAAAAUGUGUGAAGCCCGCCAUAAAAUUCAGUCCAAGUAUUUAGACCAGAUGGAGGACCUUUAUGAAGAUUUCCACAUAGUCAAGUUGCCGCUGCUGCCCCAUGAAGUCCGAGGUGCCGAAAAGGUUAACACGUUCUCUCAGCAACUUCUGGAGCCGUACAAGCCCCCAAACAAGUGAUCUCCGUCCCUGCAGGACUUCCCUCCCUCUGCCCCCUCUUUGCAGACCACACCUCUAUCUACAGUCUGACCUCCCCUCCUGUGAGCCCCCUCCUCCACUGGCCUCAAGCCCCACAGUAACAGGCUCAAGGUGAUCCACUCAGUCGUCAGCUCAUCAUCCGAAGUAGAGCACCUCUACAGCGAGACACAGGCGCUUAAUGAAGGGGAGCUGAUGAUCACAAACACCAAAUUAUAUUCUGCUGUAUUGUUAGAGAUAAGACAGAUAGGAGCUGCCUGACUCUCACUUCACCUCCUCUUGUCUCCAUAUCCUCCGUGUGGCAGUCGAACUAUUCCUACUUAAAGCAUUUACCAUUUUCUUAACAACUCCCCUCCCCCUCCAUCUGACACAGUGUCCAGCUUCGAUUCUGUAAAAACUAAAUACGUGUUUCCAGUGACGGUGCUGUGUGUUCCUCAUUUCAGAUGGUUGAUGUUUAUUCCGUGUGACUUGGUGGCUGUGUGCGUUCUCCAGUUUGACUUUAGACAAAAAACGAUGUAAAAGGAAUAUGGCUUGUGGUCUUAAGUAUUUUUUUGUUCUUGGCCGAGACCAAAAAAGUGUCUUUUACCAAUUGUCAAAUCAUUACUCACUCCUCCAUGCGACUAUGGUGUAAAUGCAGUUACUUAACGUCAAUGAGAUUUUUAAUCAAGUCAAACUAGGAGCUUUAAAUAGUCUGUGCCUCUGUUAUUGUUUUAACUGGACAGUCUUAAAGCUAGGGUUGGUAAUCCUGGAGAAGCUAGUAAAAGCAGGCUACACCAUAUCUCAUUUACAUCCCAGCCCCUCUCAUUGUCCCUCUCAACAAAGCUAUGCCCUGUAGCACAUGAAAGCUCACUGACUUACAGCAGCUAAUAGAAAACUUUUUUGUGACCAGCUCACUAACUUCUGGCUAACGUCUCUGCUUCAGAGGGGAAUGUCCCCCCGACUUGUGAAGACCCUGUGCUUUGUGAUGGCACGAACAGGGGGCUCGCAGACAGGCACAUCCAUUAGUGACUGACAGGUACACCAGCCAAUCAUUUCAUUUAGUCAUGCGAGGGGCACAGACAGGCAUUUCUUCAUUUUUCCAAACAACUGUAUUUAUUGAUGGCUAUAAGGACGAGAUGAGGAUUUCAAUAAAUUACCAACCCUGCCUUUAAUGGCCUCUGUUGAAUAUUGUAGGCAUCUAGUUGCUUCAGACAGAUGAUGCUCGUGACCUGAUGUUUCAGUGGCUGAACGUUCAUUAUUAUUUCUGCUGAAUCCCCAGCACAUGCUCCCACAAGCUCUGUCAAUCAUUAUAUCUGUUUACUUAAGACUAUAACUUAUGGGAACACAAUUGAGAGACAUUAGUAGCCUUAUUUAGUGCAUUGUUAGUUAAGAAUAUAUUGAAUGUUGCUUGAUCAAUAAUGUUGAACCAAUGAAUGGUGAGUAAAGCAUCUUUGCCCUAGAGUGGGCUCUGAUUGGUUGACCUGAUGAUUGAAUUACUUCAUUUCCCAACAGACGCAUAGAGAAGACAGGUUACUCCACCCCUCAAUCCAACUCUUCAUCUCUCCCCUCUGUAACUGAAUGCUUUUGAGACAAUACAAAGCUGUUUUCUAUAAAUUAUUUAGCAAGAGUUGAUUAAAAUGAACUUGCCUCA